AUGACGAGUCUCCAUCUUCUAAUAAUCGUGGGAAUUUUCGCCGCCACUUCCACCACCAACCGAAACAAAAGACAACAGGAGAAAGAUAGGAUCAUCAAACUGCCCGGGCAGCCAAAAGGCAUCAAGUUUUCCCAAUUCUCGGGCUACAUCACGGUCAAUGAAAAGGCGGGUAGAUCGUUGUUUUAUUGGUUGAUCGAGUCACCUAAUAAUAAAAAGCCCGCCACAAAGCCACUUAUUUUAUGGCUGAAUGGCGGGCCUGGGUGCUCUUCGGUGGCUUAUGGAGCCUGGGAAGAGGUCGGCCCAUUUCGAGUGAACUCGGAUGGGAAAUCCCUCACAUUAAGCCCAUAUGCUUGGAACCAAGAGGCCAAUUUGCUAUUUAUUGAUUCACCGGCUGGCGUUGGAUUUUCCUAUUCAAAUACUUCUUUUGAUCUAGUUACCGGUGAUAAGAGAACAGCAAAUGAUACACACACAUUUCUACUCAACUGGCUUGAGAGGUUUCCUCGGUACAAGGGAAGACCAUUCUACAUUGCUGGGGAAAGCUAUGCCGGCCAUUAUAUUCCUCAAUUAGCUCAACUCAUUGUUAGAAGAAACAAGGGAAUCAAGAAUCCUCCUAUCAAUCUCAAAGGCUUUUUGUUAGGAAACCCCUUGAUCGAUGAUUAUUACGAUAAUAUUGGAACAUUUGAGUUUUGGUGGAAUCACGGGUUAAUAUCAGAUUAUACAUACGAGGCUUUGAAUGCAUCGUGUCCUUCGGAUUCUUUCUUAGAUCCGAAAAAUGACUGCUAUCAAGCGUUGUUUAGGGCAUACUCGGAGUUUGGAGACAUUAAUCCUUACGGAAUUUACAUGCCCACAUGCUACGAUGAUGGAACCGUGACAUCCACUUUCAAACACAAUUUAAAGAUGUCAUUGCCAUCGAAGUUUAGAGGAAACAAUAUGUGCAUAGUGAAAUACACGAAAAUUUACAUGAAUCGACCUGAUGUUCAAAAGGCUCUUCACGCCAAUCAUACUAAUAUUUCUUAUCCAUGGACGACUUGCAGUGAUGUUGUGAGGGGAAGUUGGACGGAUUCACCCAAAUCUAUGCUACCCAUCUUCAAAGAACUAAUUGCUGCUGGCCUCCGCAUUUGGGUAUUUAGCGGAGAUACUGAUGCGGUUUUGCCACUAACUGCAACUCGAUACUCGUUAAAGGCUCUAAACCUCGAGACGGUAACUGAUUGGUAUGCUUGGUAUGACCAUAAGAAGGUUGGAGGAUGGAGCCAAGUUUAUAAAGGAUUGGUUUAUGUAACCGUAAGGGGAGCUGGUCAUGAGGUUCCUUUGGCUCAGCCGCGACUUGCCCUAACUCUCUUCCGUCACUUCUUAAGUGCCCACACUUUGCCGGCAACCUCUAACUAAAUCGAGAGUCUUCUCUGCUUGUUAUUUUUUCUCAUUCAUUCUUUCACAAUAAAUAAUGUUAGUAUUGUAUUGGAUUGUAUUGUUAGAU